AUGAGGGGAAGUGCCAUGCAGACAGAGGUAACGACGGCUAAUACUGGUACAGAAAUAGAUGUAACGACUGCCACUAGUGGUACAGAAACAGAUGUAACGACGACCACAACUAGUGAAGGAACAGAUGUAACGACGGCCACUACUGUUACAGAAAGAGAUAUAACGACUGCCAUUACUGGAACAGAAACAGAUUUAACGUCGGCCGCAUCUGAUGUAGGAACAGAUGUAACGACGGCCACUACUGGAACAGAAACAGAUGUAACGACGGCCACUUCUGGUACAGAAACAGAUGUAACGACGGCCACUACUGGUACAGAGACAGAUGUAACGACGGCUACUACUGGUACAGAAACAGAUGUAACGACGACCACAACUAGUGCAGGAACAGAUGUAACGACGGCCACUACUGAUGUAGGAACAGAUGUAACAACGGCCACUACAGGUACAGAAACAGAUGUAACGACGGCCGCAUCUGGUGUAGGAACAGAUGUAUCGACGGCUAUUACUGGAACAGAAACAGAUGUAACGACGGCCACUGGUGGUACAGAAACAAAUGUAACGACGGUCACUACUGGAACAGAAACAGAUCUAACGACUGCCACUACUGGUACAGAAACAGAUGUAACGACGACCACAACUAGUGCAGGAACAGAUAAACAGAUUUAA